AUGAACGCUUUUUACCGUCGUUUAUUCCCAUAUCGUCCGUUCUUCCUUUGGUUAAAUCAAGAUCAUGCCCCUGCCAAACUCUUCACUCAUAGAGAAUUCGCCUUUACCCUUCAGGGAGAUGUAUACAUACGAUACAACUCUUUCCACUCCGCGGACGAUUUCAAGAAAGAAUUACUUCGAUUGAAUCCGUCCAGAUUCGAGAUUGGUCCGCAAUAUAGUGCUCGGCCAAGGGAUCGCAAAACUCUAGCGGCGGGAGCUUUACAACCACAAAGAAGAGAAUUAGUGUUUGAUAUCGAUAUGACAGAUUAUGACGAAAUCCGGACGUGUUGUACGGAUAAGAAGAUAUGUAAACGAUGUUGGGGUUAUAUAGCCGCUGCUGUCAAAGUGUUGGACCAGACCUUGAGGGAAACAUUUGGGUUCAAACAUCUCUUAUGGGUUUACUCUGGUCGACGAGGAAUUCAUUGUUGGAUCUCCGAUUCUCAAGCUUUAGAUCUUAACGAUGAUCAACGCAAGGCUAUCGUGACCUUCUUAGAAGUGAUCAAGGGUAGUAAAGAACAAAUGAAGAAAGUGAAUGUUAGAGGAUCAAAUGGAGAAGCACCUUUACAUCCUUUUCUCGAAGAUACAUUACAAACUUUGAAAUUCGAUUUUGCUAGAGUAUGUUUGGAGGAACAAGAUUGUUUUCGAUCUGAAAGAGGUUGGGAAACAUUACUGUCACUUCUUCCCCAAGAUAGAGAUAUCACCGGCACUCUCAGAAAUGUAUGGCAAUCUGACCCCGGACGAUCAAGCUCUGAUAAGUGGCAUGACCUACAAAGUCGUGUUGCCCCAUUAGAAGAUAGCGACCAACAUAAGACUUUUAGAAGAUAUCAAAGAGCGAUGCAAGACAUCAUUCUUCAGUACACAUACCCCCGAAUAGAUAGUGAAGUGUCUAAACACCGGAAUCACUUGUUAAAAUCGCCCUUCUGUAUACACCCAGGAACAGGUCGAGUAUGUAUACCUGUUAAUCCCAAUCUAGUAGAUGAAUUCGAUCCCGAUACUGUACCUACCGUAGGGGAGUUGUUGAGUCAGCUCGAUCACUUACCUUCUGAAGAAGAACAAAAAGGCAGGAAAAUUGAAGGUAUGCCCUUCGUUCCCUCGGCUGCGCGGACUGACGAAAAGAUUACGAACAUACUUCUCUCAAACCUUACGUGGAAAUGUUUGAGAAACAUGUCGCGGCCAUUCUGA